AGUGAAACGUUCCGUGGGUUGCUUCAUCGUAUUGGGGAGCGAACAGAGAUUUGUAAUUAUUAAGGUGCACGGCCUUAAAACACACUUGUGAGGAUCGAGUUGGCAGUUGAGUCCCGAUCAAGCUCUACUUUUGGUUUGAACAUGGGACAGACUAAUAAGAUGGCAACCAAUGUCUUUGCUCAGAAGCAUCAAGUCACCAGAUCCAAACGUGGUGAGAUCCUGGGUCAGAAAUUUAGAGGAUGCACCCUCUGGUUCACAGGUUUGUCCGGUGCGGGCAAGACCACGAUCUCUUUUGCCCUGGAGGAGUACCUUGUGUCCCGUGGGAUGCCCGCCUACGGAUUGGACGGUGACAACAUCCGAACGGGUCUGAACAAGAAUCUGGGCUUUGCCCCGGAAGAUCGGGAGGAAAACAUUCGACGUGUGGCCGAGGUGGGCAAGCUCUUUGCCGACUCGGGGGUGGUUGCUCUUUGCUCCUUUGUGUCUCCUUUUCAAAAGGAUCGUGAAUUGGCCCGGGAUCUGCACAAGGCAUCGGACUUGCCAUUCUUUGAGAUCUACGUGUCCACCCCAUUGGAGGAAUGCGAGAAGCGGGAUGUCAAGGGACUUUAUAAGAAGGCCAGAGCGGGAAUCAUUAAAGGGUUUACUGGUAUCGACCAAGUAUACGAGGAGCCCGAAAAUCCGGAACUAGCCAUUAACACCGUGAAUGAGAGCGUCAACGAGUGUGUCCUUCAAGUGGUGGACCUUCUUGAGAAAGAGGGCAUCAUUCCCAAAGCAAUCAAUGAGAACGUUCUCGAGCUCUUUGUGCCCAAGGACAAGGUGGACGAAUACAAGGCCGAGGCCGAAGGUUUGCCGUCGGUGGAGAUCUCUGAGGUCGACCUUCAAUGGGUUCAAGUCUUGGCCGAGGGCUGGGCUCGACCAUUGGGAGGUUUCAUGAGCGAGAGAGAGUUCCUUCAGAGCCAGCACUUCAACUGCCUUUUGGACGACGGGAUGUCCAAUAUGAGUGUCCCCAUUGUCUUGCCCAUCACCAACGAUGAUAAAGCAACUGUUGAUGGACAUGAUGCCUUUGCCCUGAAACACAAAGGCAAAUUGAUAGCCAUCAUGAGAGAUCCGGAAAUCUACGAGCAUCGCAAGGAGGAACGUUGCUCCAGACAGUUUGGACUCUCCAGUCAAGGACAUCCCUAUUGCAAGAUGAUCUUUGAGUCCGGUGAUUGGUUAGCGGGUGGACAGCUAGAUGUUCUAGAACGGAUCCAAUGGGACGAUGGUUUGGAUCAAUACCGGCUGACUCCUUGUCAACUGAGAAAGCGCUUCAGAGAACUCGACGCAGAUUGUGUGUUUGCGUUCCAAUUGAGGAAUCCCGUUCACAACGGCCACGCUCUUCUUAUGAAGGAUUGCCGACGCCAACUCAUUGAGCGUGGCUAUAAAAACCCCGUGCUUUUAUUGCAUCCCUUGGGAGGAUGGACAAAAGAUGAUGAUGUGCCAUUGGAUACGAGAAUGAAGCAACACCAGGCAAUUUUGGAGGAAGGCGUCUUGGACCCUGCGUCAACUGUUUUAGCCAUCUUUCCAUCACCAAUGAUGUACGCCGGACCCACGGAAGUUCAGUGGCAUGCCAAGUCAAGGAUGACAGCAGGAGCCAACUUUUACAUCGUGGGCCGUGAUCCGGCGGGUAUGCCCCAUCCCGACCCUCCCAAGAGAGAUAUCUAUGAGCCAACCCAUGGCAGCAAGGUCCUGUCCAUGGCUCCGGGUUUAAAUCAGCUCGAAAUUAUUCCCUUCAAAGUGGCGGCCUAUGACAAAACCAAGAGCGAGAUGGCCUUCUUUGACCCCACGAGGAAGGACGAUUUUGACUUUAUCUCUGGGACCAGGAUGAGAACCCUGGCCAGAAGUGGUGAAGAGCCUCCAGUUGGAUUUAUGGCGCCCAAGGCAUGGAAGGUCCUGAGUGAAUACUACAAAUCUGUGCAAUGAUGUUGAUGUCGACAUUUCUUCCUUGUUAAGGAAGCGUUCCUUUUUUUUGGUUUGUUAUGAGUUUUAUUUUUUUGAGUGACAGACAUAUCAUUAAAGAUUUGCAUGCCAAGA